CGUGGCACCCGGAAGUUAGCGGUCUCCCCCGCUACGGCGGCGCUCCCGAGUCGCUUCCCGCAAGAAGGGCCUCCGGGAGCGGCGUCGUUCGUCCCGGCGAGAGUGGUGACGCCUCUUCCGUAAGGGACCUCCGCCCGGGCGGAGAGGAGCCGGCCGGCGGGCCCCAGGACCCGUCCCUUGGCGGCCUCCCCCGGCCAUGACGCUGACUAUGGAGACGGAAUCGCGCAUCUACCGCGCCUUGCGGACCGCCUCGGGAGCCUCGGCCCAUCUCGUGGCUGUGGGCUUCACGAUUUUCGUGGCUGUACUGGCCCGACCCGGCUCCAGCCUGUUCUCCUGGCACCCUGUCCUCAUGUCUCUGGCUUUCUCCUUCCUGAUGACCGAGGCUCUGCUGGUCUUCUCCCCGGAGAGCUCUCUGCUGCGCUCGCUCUCCCGCAAGGGCCGGGCCCGCUGCCACUGGGUGCUGCAGCUGCUGGCCCUGCUGUGUGCCCUGCUAGGCUUUGGGCUCAUCGUCUACAACAAGGAGGUGCACGGCAAGACCCACCUGAGCACCUGGCACGGGCGGAUGGGACUCCUGACCGUGUUGUGGGCUGGACUGCAGUGCACGGGGGGUCUAGCUCUGCUCUAUCCCAAGCUGCUGCCACGCUGGCCCUUGGCUAAGCUGAAGCUCUAUCAUGCAACCUCGGGCCUGGUUGGUUACCUUCUGGGCAGCACCAGCCUGUUGUUGGGCAUGUGCUCCCUCUGGUUUACCACUACGAUUCCAGGCAAGGGCUGGUACCUUGCUGUCCUCUGCCCCAUCCUCACCAGCCUGGUCAUCAUGAACCAAGUGAGCAACGCCUAUCUUUACCGCAAGAGGAUCCAGCCCUGAGGCCGGCACCUCUGAGCUGGAAGGAGGAUCCCUUGAGCACCCCCCCCCCCCCCCCCCCCCCUGCUGGCUUCCAUCUGGGCCUCUCUCAGCCUGAAAGGUCUCGGGAGGGUGGAGCUCUAGCCUCAGGGAGGAUAGGAAUCCUAGUGCUCCCGGGACCACCUGAAGCUCUUGCUUUUCUCGAUUGGCCUAAUGAACUGACUGCUCAGGGACUCGGUGCUGUUGUCUUUGGGUGAGGGAGGGCCAGAAGCCCUGUGUGCAGCAAAGGAGGCUACAUGAUUCCCUCUCUUUUGCGAAGGAGAAUACAUGACUCCGUCUCUGUGCCACACACAGAGGCUCCUAUUCUCUUUCUCCCCCCUCCCCCCACACCUCCUCAUUUCCCAGGUAGGGAAGGAAGAAGAAAAACUGUGGGUGUGUACAUGUUUGUGUGAACAGGUUGAUAGCUGGCCAAGGAACUCCAGCUUCUUAUCUUUUAUACUCAUCAGUGUUUCCAGAAAUUGCAAAAAUGAAGACUGUAGGUUGGAGCAGUGAAGGAGCAGCCCACCCGGCCACAGCCCCUGGCGUGGGCUUUCCUCUUGCUGAAGCUGUUGGGGUGAGAAAAGGGAGCGUUGGCCCAAGGCUGAAAGCACUCAGCUCGUCCCACCAGGCUCUAGGACUGGGGCUGGUUGCCACGGCCUGCUCUGCUAGAAUUGGCGGUAGGCUGGGUUGCCUGCCAACCGACCAGAUCCUGUUAAGAACAGGCCUGCCAUCUGGCCGGGGGUCUUCGCUAGGCUACUAGCCGAGCCUCCUCCCCAUUCACCCCAAGAUUGCGUUCGUCAAGAGGAUGGGGGCAUACUUGGGGGUGGGGGAACCGGUGAGCCUCUUCCAGCCUCUCAGGAGGGACGGAGAACGCCGUGCUCAAUAAAUACAAUUGCGUGAAUGAAUCGAGCAUUGUGAGGGAUGAAAUUGUGUUCAACCGCCUAUAAAUUCUGACAGUUUGUCUUUGCA